GAAGGUUUUUUUUUCCUCUUCUUCUUUCUCCUCUUGCGGUUAUUUCAACUUGCGUCGUUUCGUGUUUGCGCCGCGCAGGUGGAGACGAGGAGGGAUCGUGCGCACACCGCGCCUCCUCUCAUAAUCCCAUCCAGAUCUCUCCCCGCGGAUGAAAACAGCACGUCCUUCUCGUUCUCUUCUUCCUUUUCCUUGGAGCAGGUGGAUGUUCGUUCCACGAGGCCCGAUGGACGGGACCACGUCGGCUGGGUUCUUUCUCUUCUUCCAACUUUGAGCGCUUCUAGCGGGUCGGAUUCUAAUGUGCGUCACUUUGUUCCGAUUUUAUUUUAAUCCCGUGAAGUGACGCGGCUCGUCAAAACAAACCAAACAAGGCUCAAGGACGUCGCGCUCCAGCUGCACUUCAUCUUUCUUUACCCACUUUUCUUUUUCGUCUUCUUCAUUUUUUUUUUUUUUUUAAUAAACAAUGUGUGUGCAAGUGUUGAUUUUGAGGAUUACAGCUGAUUUUUCCUUCUACAUGUAGACGAGGCUCUCCCUCCCUGUGUGUGUGUGUGUGUGUGUGUGUGUGUGUGAGGGGAUUCGUCAGAGGCUUAUAUAAGCUCGGUCGUCAUGUAUGCAGGACGCAAGAGGAGAAAACCGGUCCAGAGAGCGGUGAAGCAGGCGCCGACCGAAGGGGCCAAAUCCAACCCGUCCAAACGGCACCGAGACCGGCUGAAUGGCGAGCUGGAGCGGCUGGCCAGCCUGCUGCCUUUCCCCGAAGAGGUCACCGCCAGUCUGGACAAGCUGUCCAUCCUCCGCCUGAGCGUCAGCUACCUGCGCGCCAAGAACUUCUUCUCCGUCGCCCUGACCAGUCGGAGCGGAGCGACUCCAGCCGGCGGCAGCGAUGGCAACAGUAAAGCAGCAGGCGCGGCCGACGCCAAGAUCCCCGAGGGAGAACUUCUGCUGCAGGCUCUCAACGGGUUCGUCAUGGUCAUCACUGCGAGCGGAACCAUCUUCUUCUCCUCCCACACCAUCCAGGACUACCUGGGCUUCCACCAGACGGACGUCAUGCACCAGAGCGUGUAUGAGCUGGUCCACACCGAGGACCAGCAGGAGCUCAGGAGAAACUUGCACUGGGCCUUGAACCCUCCUGCCGCCGCCGCACCUGCCGUCACCCAGGACUCCCCCCAAGAGAUGGAACCCGACAGCGGCUCGGCUCUCGUCACCUACAAGCCCGAGCAGCUUCCCCCAGAGAACUCCUCGUUCCUCGAGCGGAGCUUCAUGUGUCGCUUCCGCUGCCUCCUGGACAACUCGUCCGGCUUCCUGGCGUUGAACAUCCAGGGCAGGCUCAAGUUCCUGCACGGGCAGAACCAGCGGCAGGAGAACGGGGGGAAGGCGCCGCCGCAGCUCGCCCUCUUCGCCAUCGCCACUCCCCUGCAGCCUCCGUCCAUCCUGGAGAUCCGGACCAAGAACAUGAUCUUCAGGACCAAACACAAGCUGGACUUCACGCCGCUGGCCUGCGACGCAAAGGGGAAGAUCGUGUUGGGCUACACGGAGGCGGAACUGCGGGUUCGGGGAUCUGGCUAUCAGUUCAUCCACGCGGCGGAUAUGUUGUACUGCGCGGAGAACCACGUCAGGAUGAUGAAGACGGGGGAGAGUGGUCUGACCGUGUUCCGGCUCCUCACCAAGGAGAACCGCUGGAAAUGGGUCCAGGCUAACGCCCGACUGGUGUACAAGAACGGCAAACCGGACUACAUCAUCGCCACCCAGAGGCCUCUCUUGGACGAAGAGGGGGGAGAAAACCUGCGUAAGCGCUCCAUGCAUCUACCGUUCACCUAUGCCACCGGUGAGGCUCUGCUCUACCAGUCCAACCAUCCCAUCGCAGCCUUCGGAGACGGAGGCCACGAGAAAAACGGCAGCAAAUCAAAGAAGAGCCGGACUGAGAGGCUGGUGAGGGACGGCCUGGACCCCGGCUCCCUCCUGGGGGCGCUCAUGAGUCAGGACGAGUCGGUGUACGUCUGUCAGCCCGCCCUGGAGCCCAAGAUGUCCUUCCACAGCUUCUUCGGAGAGCAAAUGGGCUUCUCCGACUCGGAACCCUCCGGCCUGCACAGGAGCUGGGACGAGCCGAGCAACGGUGUGGUGGGUCCGGGCAUCGCGGAGCCGAACACGAGCUUCGAUCCGCUGCUGGCCACGCUGGACUCCCUCUCCUUGGAGGGCCAGGGUGUGGUGGACGCAGAGGAGGGGGGCUGUUCGAACGGCGACCUGUUCGGCGCUCUGGAGGGGUUGGGGCUUAGCGCGGAGGACCUGGAGCUGCUUCUGCUCGACGAGCGGAUGAUCCGAGUCGAGAUGGACCCCGAGCGCGUGCCCACUCUGGACGACCUGCUGACGAACGACGAGAUCCUCUCGUACAUCUACGACUCCAUCGAGGGAAAGAUCGAUUCCUCAGAGCACGGAGUUGGACAGGCACCUCCGAGCACGCCCUCGGCGACGGCCACGACGUUGUCACUUCCUCAAAGCAACCCCUCCUCUGACACUAGUUUGCAAAUGCAGUUCUCUCAGCACAAGCCUCCCCUGGUGGGGCAGGCGCCGAUCCUCCAGCUGUCGCAGCAGAUGCAGCAGCACCUGAACAUGCGAACGGCGAAAGCGGCGCACGACUGGGGCCAGCAGCAGAGCGAUCGCCUGACCGCCACCAUAGUUAACGGAGAGCUGCUUGGGCAAAGUCAAUCCCUCGCCAACGGUCAAUGGGUGGCCCAAGACAUUCUGGUCACUGCGGGGAUACAACUGGGACACUUUAACACACAGCAGACUGUUUUCAACGGCAAGGCCUCGGAGGGGGAUCAGACACAUCAACACUUCCUUCAGCAGCAGCAGCAGCCCAGGAUGCAGAACAACCAGCUCUCACAGCAGUGCCACGCCAAACAGAAGGCAGCCAACCUCAACGGACUGAGCGGCGUCUCCGGCACAGAGCACGCGGCGGGCAAAUCCCAGUGGCAGGACUAUGGCUUCAGCGAGAGUCUGUCCGGCAACCCCUGCCUUGAUAACAGCCAAAAACCUCUUACGAGCACCUCACUAGACUCUAGCAUGGAUUACAGUAUGUCCGGUAUUGAGAAUGCAGAUUACGCCCUAGGCGGGAACGGUUUGUUCGGGCGGAGAGGGCAGCAGCAGCAGCACGGGGGGGCGGAGCCCAUGGUUUCGUCCUUCCAGGUGAUGAACCACAAGCGGCAGCAGCAGGAGCAGAUCCCGGUCCCGUUGGCCCAGGUCAUCUCGGGCCUGUCGCAGUGCCCCCCGCCCCCCAACGCCUCCCUGGAGCAGAUCCUCAGCGUGGGCAAGGCCUCCUGGCAGCUGGACCACUACGCCAUGGUAACCUCGGAGAUCGCUCACGACCCCGGUCACAGUAAGAUGGAGAACGGCUGCAUCCUGAACAGUGCGUACCCAGGAGGCUGCGCCCUGCCCAACGGAAACGGCCCAGCGGCGCCCCCUGCUGUCCAGAUGCCCGGCCCCGAGGCCCUGUCCGGCCUCCCCGACCCGCCAGCCACUGGCUUCUACCUCUGACCACCCCGACCCGGGAACAGUCACGCAGCAGGACACUUGUUAAAAACGGCCAGAGACACACAAUGACUGGACCAGCCUUAUACAACUAGAUACCACAACGAACAAAGCUGAAUAAAACGUAGGCCUAUGUGUAUUUCUUUUUCUCUCCUUCUUUUUUUUUUUUCAUUUUUAAUUUGGAUCAAUGUGUCGUGUUUCAAGUCAGAUUAUCAUAUGAGUCCUUUGUUUACAAUAAUGCAGUCAGGAGAGCUGAGUUGAAGUUUGUUUGAAGACGUACAGAGGUAAAAAAAAAAAAAAGUUUUUAUAAAUCUGAGGUCACAGAUACAACGCAAAGUUUAGAUUUAGAGUCAGCGAGAAAAAAAUUCGUAUCGCUCUGGGAUUGUGCGUACCACGAUCGAGAUAAGCCGAGGAGGAGAUCUCCGGAAAACGUUGGGAUUAACGGUGAUGGUUGGUGGAUGGAUGAUUGAUAUUGAUACCUCCUGGAAGCUCGAAGAAGAAGAAGAAGACAUGUAUGAAUCAGUUUAAUCACAUUCGAAGCAAAAAAGAGAUACGAAACAUUUCCUGUUCCAACUUCUCAAAUGUCAGGAUUUGCUGCUGCUUUUGAAUUUCUCUGAGUUUUAGACUGUCGGUCGAACAAAGCAAGACAUUGGAAGACGUCAGCUAUCGUAUGCAGUUCUUUGUCUUCUGAGUUUACAGGGUUCUACUUUUGUCCUGAAUUUUUCCAGAUUCAAAUUCCAAUUGUGGUUAGGGUUAUGACAACUCUGUCAUCGUAUCUGAAUGCAACACACCGUCCCCCCCCCAGUGCAACUCCAACGUGACUCCAGGUUUUUGGUUUUUUUUGGUACUGAAGGUCGACGGGAAAAGUCAGCAGCCGCUCAUCUAGUUCCUCGUCACGCAACAAGAAUGUAACCUUUCAGUGUUCAGUGAUUUCCUUGUUGAACGGUUUCACUUGUCAACGAUGAGAUUAUUCCGUAUGUGUUUGACGAAAACAAGUAUAGAAUGCGGAAAUUGUGGCUAGAAAUUAUCCUGCACUUUAUUUCAAGCACCCACUUAACGCAGAUCUGUAGUCAGGGACACUGGCGAACGACAGACCCUGUUUUUUUCCCGUUGUUGUUGUUAUUGUUUAUCUUUGAAGCAGCUGAUGCGAGAUGGACAAGUUUGUAUUUUUGAUUCCUAUGUUGAGGUACAUUUCAGGUGAUGCGUCAAUGUCCUCAUGAGCACAAACACUCCUGUACGAUUUUUUUUUAGUGUAAUCAUUUUCAUCUUUCUCCACUUGAAUUAUUUUUGUCGUCGUUGAUAAUGGUGAAAAAAUGUUGGACCUCUUGGAUGAGUUUUUUUUUUCUUUUCUUUUUUUAAAAUUCUAUUUUGUUAAAAAAAAAGUUUAACUUGACUUGAUUAGAUGAAGUCACUUAGUUUUAAUUUACUGUAUUUAUUCGUGUCCAACAGCAAGUAAGCAUUCUGGAUUGUUUAUGAAGUUUAUGUGUAAGAAAGGUUCUUGUAUGGAAAAAAAAAUAUAGAAAAUGUAAUGUUCAGCUCUCCUGAGGGGAAUCAGCAAAAUCUUUAAUUUUUUUUGUUUUUUUACAGUAAAUCCAAACCCGAAUCCGUUAGAUUACAAUCAGAUCCGAGUUUUUAAAGAAAAAGUCUAACAUGUUUGGAAAAAAAAUACAUACAGAGAGAUGAAAUGAUAUCGAUCUUUUCAUCUGAUGUGUUGUCGCUUGGAGAUCAAAAAUUCUUCACCCAAAAUGUCAGACUUUUCCUUUUGAAUGGUAGAAAACUUUGUGAUAUAUAUAUAUAUUUAUGUGUGUAUAUAUAUAUAUAUCAUCAGGUGAGUAAUUUCCGGUCUACACUGGAUCUUGGGGAAGGUACAGAAUGGUAAAACACUGAAAAAAACCAAAUGUGAGUAUUAAAAAAAGGAGAUCUCGUCUCAACUGGAAGGAUUUAGUUCUGAAUGUUUCUUGUAAAUAGUGAAACGACUGGAAAAACGAUGCAGAGUUAGAAUUAUUUCAUCAAGAAAAGAUGCUGAAAAGAGAUUUUACACUGAAUUGUUCAAACAAUGUUCAUUACUGUUGGUAUUAAUAUUAUUGCUCUAUGUUUUAUGUUGACAAUGUGAUACACGCGUCUUUAUUUUUUUGAAUUGACUUUCAUUUUUCUCCUCCUUCCCUUUCUUUUUAUUUUCUACAGCGGCAAUGUUUGCUAUAUUUAAUAUGAUCGAUGUGACUUAUUAACGGUGUGAAAAGAAAAUAAAAAAAGAUGUGUGUAUAUAUAAAAAGGCAAACUGGCUUUGACAAAUACAGGUAUGUACAUAGUUUUACGUCGAGUCACUCGUUUCAAGCACUAUUUUUAAAACACACGCUUAUCAAACUCCUUUGUUGAUUCCAUUUUUUUCCUUUUCUCUUUUUGUUUAAGAUUGUAAAUAGUAUUGUCAUCACAGAAACACUGGACUCUAUGACAGCCUGAAAAUGGUGCCAUACUACUGAGACUUGUUGAAUAGGCUACAGUGUUGGAGAGUUUUACCUUUGUCUUCUCUGCUUAGCCACAGUUCUGACGUUAACAUGUGAACAGGACGAGGUGUAGGUGUUGUAGAUUUGACCCGUUGUCCUUUGACUGCUUGUUUCAAAUGUAUCAUUUCUCUUCCUUUGAAAAUAAAGGCUCUCUUCAAUCACAGUGGGAAA